AUGCAUCUCCAGAGACCACCUUCCUCUUUUCACACUUCGAUUUCUGCGAAACCCGAUGUUGCAUGGUCAUCGUUUUUGAUGGUCUACUCCAUUCCAUUUGUCUUGGUUCUCACCGUGGCGUGUAUCAUAAAAUGGCGACCAAUCAGAGAAUUUCCAAAUAUCAAGAGCUUUUUGAGUUGGUACUGCUCUUGCUCUCCGAAAAAAGUGAUUCAAGAACUAGAACAACCCGACCGGGCCCAUAUGAUCAUGUCGAUUGAUGCUCUGAGUCUCGCCUCGAUUUCAUCUGUUAUCGACUCGCCACUUCUUGUCCGUUCAGAAGACGAGGAAAGUCGACAAUUCGAAUCAACUGCUAUUCCAUGA